UUGAACAGAAGCUUUCGGUGCUGUGGUCCUAAGGUUGAAGCUUUUGCAUUGAUACAUUGCAGAGGUAGUUGUGUAUCGAAGACAAUGACGAUGGUGGUGAUGAUGAUGAUGAUGGCAUUGCUGCAGCUGCAUGGUGAUGCCGUCGAUCUCCGAAACAUACGACAAUUGGCAGCCCUAAAUAACAUCACAUGCAUUUUGGUUUUUGGGGAUUCGACGGUCGAUCCAGGCAACAACAAUCACUUGUCCACGCGAGUCAAGGGCAAUUAUCCACCAUAUGGUAAGGACUUCUUUCAUGGCAUCCCCACUGGACGGUUCUCCAACGGCAGGCUCCCCACAGACUUCAUUGCGGAGGAUUUGGGUCUCAAGGCAUCAAUCCCAGCAUUUUUAGACCGCGGUCUCAAGAGGGAAGAGCUCUUACAUGGUGUCAGCUUUGCAUCGGCUGCGUGUGGUUACGAUGAACUUACAGCUAACAUUACAAAAGUGCUGCCGAUUUCCAAGCAAAUAGAAUACCUGAUGCAUUACAAGAUCCAUCUAAGAGAGUUGGUGGGAGUGGUUAAAGAAGAGGAGAUUGUUAGAAAUGCUGUGUUCGUGGUGAGCGCUGGUACAAACGACUUCGUCCAAAACUACUUUCUUCAGCCAAUUCGACCCAUGCAAUUCAGUAUCGCCCAGUACGUUGAUUACUUGAUCACAUGCAUGACUACCGAUAUCAAGGAAAUGCAUAAACUUGGAGGGACGAUAUUUGCUGUAGUGGGGGCACCACCAAUGGGAUGUUUACCACUUGUAAAGACGAUAACGGGGAAUACAGAUUGCGUGGAAAGUUAUAAUGGAGUAGCGACUUCUUUCAAUUCCAAGCUAAAAGUUGCGUUGGCUACAUUGAAGAGAUCGUUGGGUGUGAGAAUGGCUUACGUGGAUGUGUAUGACAUAUUGCUUAAUGCAAUAUACAACCCCGUGAAAUAUGGGUUUACGGUUGCUUCCAAGGGGUGUUGUGGAACAGGUGUGAUCGAAUACGGUGACACGUGUAAGGAUCAGGUCACGUGUGAGGACCCCACAAAAUACGUAUACUGGGAUGCUGUUCAUCCGACGGAGAGAAUGUAUAAGCUUAUAGCUGAUGAUGCUCUGAUGUCGGUUGUUGAAAAUAUCCUGAGUUAAGUGAACCUAGCUAUUGUAUGACUUUGAACCCUACACGCGCCUUUACAUGUAGCACGUGCCAACUUGACCCGUGAUUGCGUGGGACAUCUGCGGCGUUCAUAAGGUGGGCUGCACUGUGUAGCUUGUUCGGUGCGAGGUUUGGUCCACUCAUCGGGUGGGACAAACGUUAUGUUGAAUGUGGACCGUUGGAUUUUAUUUUAUUUUAUAAAGUGGGCAUUGUUUCAUCCGACCAACUCGAUCUUUGAUUCUGGUCGUAUUCACUGUGGGCCCUCCUUGUUGACGAUUCAGAUGUCUGUUGCACGAGUGCCAGCCACGUUUAAAGGUGUGUGGGGCUAGAAACCUCUACGUUUGGGUGUGUGCACUAGCAAGAUUGAUUGUGUAAUUGCCUAGAGCGUGCCUUGUAUCGUGGGCAUGCACGCGUGUGUAUCAUUGUCUUGAAGAAUAAAAUUCAAGGGACCUGAUGUAGAACUUGGGUUUCUUCAA